AUGCCUCCUAGACGCCGAAGACGUGAGGAAACCCCUCAUGUUGAUGAUGGGGGAGAUACACCGCAGAAUCUUGCAGAUGCGUUUGGACAGUUCUUUCAGCAGUUUGCUGCCGUACUCCCCGGUUCACGCACUGACUAUACUGUGGAGCGUGCUAGGAGAAACGGGGCUCAGACUUUUGCUUCCGCCACAUCUCCUGUAGAGGCUCAGCGGUGGCUUGAUAGGAUGGAGAGAGUGUUCUCCCAGAUGGAGCUCCCAGAGGACAGGAAGGUUAAUUUGGCGGUGCAGUUCCUGGAGGAUACCGCCUGGCAUUGGUGGACUGGUGUUGUCAAUGACCCUGCAAAUGCUGGCCCGAUGACGUGGGAUAUGUUCAAGGCCCAUUUCUGUGGACGGUACUUUAGUGAUGCCCACCUUAAUCGGAUGCAAGACCAGUUCUUGAGCUUGGUGAAGAGGGAUGAGCAGUCAGUGUUGGAUUUUGAGCAGGAGUUUCUCUCUUUGGCCCAUCAUGUGCCGGAUUUGGUUCAUACUGAGCAAAGUAAGAUUCGUAGAUUUGUCUUGGGACUUGGAGGAAAGUUUAAGGAUAAGAUGUUAGGCACACCGUACCGUAGCUUUGCUGAGGCAGUAUCUUAUGCCAUGGACAUUGAGUCAGACUCACCUGCUGGAUUUCACCCUAGGGAUUCUGGCGGCCCUAGCCAGGGUCCAUCUAAGAGGGCUGCUUCCACUUCUGGUUCAGGAUCUUCUGGAGGUAGUAGAUUUGUCAGUUCAGACUCGACCACCUUACCGGAUUUUGGAGGACUUAAUGUGGGAGGUGGACAGUCUGAGUGGCAGUUCAGUGACAGCACAGGACGCUACUCCAAACGUCGGUCAAGGUUCUAG